GCAGCACGCGCCCAUGCGUCACCACCGCGCGCGCAUGAGAGAGAGAGAGAGAGGGAGAGAGAAAAUCCAAUAUCGGAGCGAGGCAUCCGCCUCCCUUUUUACAGCACGAGGAGUCUGGGCGCGCGACUGAACGCUGAUCCAACUGCGUUCUAAACCGACACCGAACCCACAUGAAGGACCGCGCGCAGGCGGGGAGGAGGACCGGCGGGUUCCGUGCUGAGUAGUGAACAAGACCGAAGGCUGUCCGGCUAUCGGAGCGAAAUCACCGCCACGGCCGUCAUAUCUCAUCACAUCCCGGGAUGAAGUCCAAAUGAAAUGAGCUGGCUAAAGAUGUCACAGAAGAAGAUAUUUCUGGUCCUCCUUUUCAUCUGUACUGUCAGUCUUCUGCUGCAUAAUUUCAGCUGGACCAUUGAGGAUCUGCAUCUUGGUUGCCCAACACUUCAUGCUCGCCUUGCCUCAGGUCUGAAGCCUAAGCAUACUAACAUAGUCUUCCUUAAAACCCACAAGACGGCCAGCUCCACCAUGCAGAACAUGCUGUUUCGUUUCGCUGAGCUCAACAACCUGAUGAUGGCAUUGCCUAAACCAAACUGUGGUCACCAGUUUUGCUACCCACAAUUCUUCUCAUCUCACUUUGUACAUCCACAUACGCUGCCACCAAAUAUGAUCACCAGCCACAUGCGCUUCAAUAAGACUGCACUCCAGCGCCUGAUGCCAAACAAUACGAUAUACAUCACUAUCCUACGGGAGCCAGCUUCUAUGUUUGAAUCUUUGUUCACUUAUUACAGCCACCACUGUGAAAGUUUCAGGAGGGUCCCCAAUGGCUCCCUAGAGGCCUUCUUAGCAGACCCCUUACGGUACUACCGGCCAGAAGAGAUGUAUUCCAUGUAUGCACAUAACACUUUGACCUUUGACCUGGGCGGUAACAAAGAUCGGCCAAAAAGAGACGUGGCUUAUGCACAAGCCUUUGUGGCAGAGGUGGAGAGAGUUUUCUCUUUGGUGAUGAUUUCUGAGUAUUUUGAUGAAUCUCUAGUUCUUCUUCGUCAUCUCCUCUCUUGGGAUUUGGAGGACAUUCUGUAUGUUAAACUUAAUAUGCGGAUGGAAAGUUCUAAGAAGAGUCUUUCACCGGGUCUUCCUGAAAAGAUCCGUGACUGGAAUUCCAUAGAUGCACAUCUUUAUGACUACUUUAAUGCCUCGUUGUGGGUCAAACUGUCAGAACUGGGACUAGACUGCGUGGCAAAGGAGGUGCACCUUCUUCAACAAGCCCAAGAGAGGCUAAUGAAGAGCUGUUUUGGUGGGCAAACGCCACUGCAGCUUUCAGCCUCUGAGAUAAAAAACAAAGAACUGCGCCCCUGGCAGCCCAGUGAAAAAGUUGGCAUAGUUGGUUAUGACCUCCCAUCAAAUAUCAGCCAGGAGGCAAAGGAGCUCUGCCUAAAGUACAUCAUGCCGGAGAUAUCUUAUACACCUAAGCUUCUUCAGUCCCAGUUACUCCGGCAUCGACUAAGCUUUCAAAAUCGGACUCCACAUAAAUUAAACAAUGCUCAGCAGACCAUACACACAACCCUGCCUCGUCACACUCAGAUUCCACGCAACCUGCCGUUGCCCUCAAAUGCUCAAGGCCCCACCUCAACAAGCAAGUCCAAAUCUACUUCAAAACCAGGUGUUGGGAUCUCAAAGUCAGUGCAUCAAUCCUCAAACACCAAUGCCUUUCAGAUCUGAAUAAAAGUGCCCAUCAGACUACAUACUUUUACUCAUCCUGAUUCACAAGACAAUGAUGCUUGGUUUUUAGAGAACUUUGGAAACCAAAUGUUCUUUUAGGAGAAUGAAGCAAAUGUGUGGUGUCUUUCUUGUUCCUUCCAGAAACCCUUUGUCAUACAAUUAAAUGAAGGCAAAGGGUUUGUCAUUUCUGGACUUGAGCCAUAACCCGUUCCUCGUCUGGUCUGUGAGACAGUAUUAGCAAUGGAAGACUAGAAGAAGUCACAACUUGAACUACACAGGAAUCUAACUAAUUUACGUAGUUCUGCAUUCCGAUUACAGUGGAUCAAUGUGGGUUUUGUGUAAAAGAUGUUCCCUGAAGGAAGUCAGUAUGUGCAUGUAGGGAUCAAUGAAGAGAUGGUGACAUUGGUUCUUUUGUAAUGCAGAGUAGAUGGGUAUGGUGUCAUAUUACUUGCUUCUUGUUCUUUUCCGUUUCUUGACCGUAGUUUCAUUCUAUUGCUUGGUAAUGUAUGCCACCUGAAGUCCUUGAUAGACAUAGUACCACAAAGAGAUCAGCUGUCAGGCCUUCAAAGACCAGAAAAUGAGUUCACCUCCAACCAUUAAACCCAACUGCACAAAACAACUUUUCUUCUUCUUUUCUAAAGCGUAAACCAUUAGUGCUCCUUGCUUUUCCUCGGAGCCAUCAGCUGUGAUCACGUCUUGCACUGUCAAAAGACUUUACUUACAAAAAAAACCAUGGUUUCUCUGUCUGGGGUUUACUUUUUUAAAAUAGGUGUUACUGCAAUAAAAUUUGUAUGUUUCUAAUAGGAAAUUAUCAGAAAACCAGCAACUCCCUAGAAACCCAUAGCAAAGUCACGCUAAACAAGAACUCAACAGAACAAAGACUUGAAGCAUGUGGGCCACAGUGUUUAAAUAUUUAAUUGUGUUCUCACAGUAACUCCUGUGGCCCGUGUUCUAAGGUUAUAAGGCAUUAAGAACAUGCGUAACCAAGUAGAAGCUGCUCAACCUAAGCUAUAAAGCACUUUCAGACAAUUGGUAGUUUGCUCAAAGCCUGGUGACGCUAGACGACAUGUCUGCCUACCUUGGCAUUUAUGUACUCCAUGUUUUCUGCUCCUACACAAACAUGUAACUAGGUCUAAGAUAGUUUUAGAGGUGGAGAGUGCAUCCGUGAUCUACAUGUUCUAGUAUUUCCAGCCAUAACAAUACAGUUAGUAUUUUUGGCUUUUUGAUUGUUUGUGUGUGUGUGUCUGUUCAUGUCAUAAUUGUAAACCUGAUUGUGCAGCUAGUGUGAAUACAAAACCUAAGUUUGACUACUUUGUAAGUACUUUAUGUUCAUCAAACACGAGACCUAACGAGUUUGGAAAGUGUAGAACAAAAAGAAAGGGAACGAAGGUAAACUCCGAUAUUAAGGUGCUAAAAAGGGAGUACCCCAUCCUUCGGGUUGUUUUUACAUAUACACACAUGAGUGUGCGCUGGUGAUGAGUAGAUGGAACUUUUAUCCCUACAAUGCUAAUGUAUGGACUCUGGUUCCAUAAACUCAACAUGGCAGCAUCACUAUUGAACCACUAAAGUUGGCAGAGGUGCCUUGUCUAGAGUUACGUAUAUUUCAAUGGUAUGGUCUUAAUUGGUCACAUGUUGGGAAAACCUGAUGAAAUCUUUCCAUUUUUAAAAAUACAGAACGUUUAAAAGUUUCGCUCUGUGGGAAUUGAGUUCAGGAACCUGACCAACUGUUUAGCUAGCUGACAUCAGCUGGCUUCAGGACAGGAAAUAACACCUUUCUGGGGCCUUUCAAAACGAGAAAUAUCCAAAGGGGUUCUCAUUGAGCCAUCAUAAAUAGAGAGCUAACAGCUCAUAGAAAUAAAGCAGGUGUGAACAGAUGAAUUCCCUGCAUGGUCUCCUUAGCAAAGCUGUAACCACUGAAUUAAUUUGUUAUUAAAAGUGUGGUACACCUUGAAACCAGCACAUUGCCAUCUUAGCAUGGCACCAAAUAAAUGUGAGAUUUAUUAAAACUAUACAAUGUGCUAUUAUCAGUCACAUGGUGUUUUUAACCUUUGUAAUGAAGAAAAUGAAAAUGCCCUCACACGUUGGCUACCAUAAACCACUUCAGGCAGCGCAGACUAAAUAUAAGGCAUAUGGCAGCAGUAUCAAAUAUUCAUUCUGUACAUGUUUUACAUAAUGCACAGCUACAGAGACCUCCUCUGAAAGCAGCGGCUCUUAAUGGCUCGACCACACAAUAAUAUUGUGGUUGGCGUCUUAUCAUUCAGCAGAAGACCCUAACCGAAAACUACAACAACCACUGCUGCCAGUGAGGGGGAUUGGGAUGGAGACGCUAAAUGGACACAUACGUGAUUAACUGGGAAACCUCAGCUUUGAAAAUAGAAGAUGCACAGAAAUGUAUUUUAUUUAUUUAAAAACACAAUGGUUUUAGAUGUUUGAAUUUGUUUUCUUUAAGGUACGCAACACUGUAUUGGGAAGGAUGGGGCUUGGUUUUUUUUCCUCUUACACUUAAUUAAUCUCAUUUAAAGGACAAAGUCACCAGCUUUCAACUAGGUUGGUAUACAAAUUUACACGAGGGACCAUUUUUAGCUGUGGAUGACUACAAAAGUAAACCAUGACACAGCGAUUUUUCAUUGUUAGAGGAAAAUCAGCUCACGAGGAUAUUCACGGCUGGACACCUUUCUGUUCUUUUUGUGAGAUUUGACAGAAAGAAAGAGAUGCUUACUACUGUCCUCAUCCUGAUGGUGAUACUCUGCCAUCUGUUCACUACCGUGAGCUCAAACCUGUUUUGUUUUCUAGUAAAACUGAAUUUAUUCAUUCUGAUGUGAAUCUGUUGUAAAACUACAUUAAAUGAAAAUGCUGUAAAUCUGCAACACUGGUAUAUUUUUGGUGUGUAUAAAUAAAAAUAAAAAUCCAAAGAUUUCAAAAUGACAGGACUUGCAAUGUUUGAUGCUAACUUAUUGUUUACAUUGUCUGAAACUGUUUUAUUCCACAAGACAUUACUGCACAGAUUCAAAAUUAAUCAGCUCAAUAUAUUUAAAAAGUUUGAGAAACAGUUUUUUUGCAAUAAGCACAUUGUAAACAACUGCAUGAUAACCAAACCAGUUUAUUAUGUGUCGUACUAAGUCAUUUGAACAUUUUGGGUCUGUGUUUAUAGAAAAAGCGACGUUCAGGUACUGCCAUUGUGUGUGUAGGGGAUUACUACUGAUACAAAUGCUUUCUAACGCCUGUUAAAUCUUUUUAUUGUAAUUUAUACAAAAAGGAGGUAAAUACAUGAAAGAAGGUAGAUGUCUGUCUGACUGGGACUCAUAAUGAAGAAUGUUUUUUUCUCUUUUUUUUGUUUAUAAUCCCCCCCCCCCCCCCCCCCCCCCCCCCAUCCCCAUCUGAAGAAUGAGAUAAUUCUGAUGUAAUCUCUAGAAAAUGGACACUGGUUCUAUGAAAAUGCUUGAAGGGAUUUUAAAAAUGCUACGUUCAGAUUAUAUUGUCUCCAGUAAAAAUCUUUUUUUUUCUUCUAUUUAUAUCGGAACAUUUUCAUGUGCAUGAAAAAUGGAGCUAAAGUGGACAAGAAAAAGAAUGUUAUUUUGUUUUGGAAAGCGGUUACAUUUUGUCUUCCCUUAUUUCUCAUGACCAUCUUUUCUCAGAUUUAAGGAUUUAUCUGUGAAUUAAAAACCUCUUUUGUUUAAUGACUAUUUACUAAUAUAUUAAAUAUUUGAUGGACUACAUGUUUUUAGGUGAAUUAGAACAAAUGGCUGGAGACAAUCAGAACAAGGGGUCACAAAACUUUGUAAUUAUGGAUGGUAUGAAUAAAGUUGGAUUCAUUUGAA